CAUUAACCCAUCAACAAAAUUUUACACUUCCCCCCAACAAAAGAAAAGAAAAAAGAAAAAAAAAACUCCCCCAUUCUUCUUCUUCUUCUUUCGUCUUCAAAAAUCCCAGUCAGUCAGAGAAAACACCCCCAAAAACCAAAAACUCUCACUCUCUUGGUCCAAUGAACGAGGUUCUCUUCCAUUGGGAAGGUAAACCCCAAAAUCCAAAAAAAAAAAAGAACUAUAAUUUAUAGCCUUCUUUCUCUUUCCAUUUGACAUCCAAAAAAAAAGUACAAAGAACACUGUUUUUGUUAAGCUUAAAUAGCGGGAGAAAAAGAAGAAAGAUCAGAGAUGGAAGGAGGUGGAUCCAGUGGUAGCAGCUGUUCUUUCAUGGCUACUUGUAACAGCACGACCAACAACAACAAUUCUAAUAACACUUCCAUGAUGAUGAUGAUGAUCAAUAAAACUAAUAAUAAUCCUCAAACAUUUGACAACAAGAUGUUCUUGCCUUUGUCUUGGUCUUCUUCUACUUCCAACAAUAACAAUAAUAAUAAUGUUCAAACUCAAACUCCUCUUUCUACUUUUCUUCCUCAACCCCAUACUAAUAAUAGUAAUGAUCAUGAUGCUCCUCCUACUUCUACUUCCAAAGCUAAAAUUAUGGCUCAUCCUCUCUUCCCUCGCCUCCUCACUGCUUAUGUCAACUGUCAAAAGGUGGGUGCACCGCCUGAAGUUGUAGCGAGGCUAGAGCAGGCAUGCGCGGUGGCGACGGGAAGCUGUAGGGCGGCGGGACAUGGGAAUGAUCCAGCGUUGGAUCAGUUCAUGGAGGCUUACUGUGAGAUGUUGACUAAAUAUGAACAAGAGCUGACCAAACCUUUUAAAGAAGCAAUGCUUUUCUUCUCAAGAAUUGAGUCUCAGCUCAAAGCUCAAGCAGUUUCUUCUGAUGGUUUCGAUUUGGUCGCGCAAAACGAUUGCUCGAAGGAGAUUGAGGUCGAUAUGAAUGAAAACUACAUUGACCCUCAAGCUGAAGUGAAGGAACUCAAAGGCCAGCUUCUACGUAAAUACAGCGGAUAUCUUGGCAGCCUGAAACAAGAGUUUUUGAAGAAGAAGAAGAAUGGAAAGUUACCGAAAGAAGCUCGACAACAAUUGCUCGACUGGUGGAGCCGACACUACAAAUGGCCAUAUCCCUCGGAAUCGCAAAAGGUGGCGUUGGCGGAGUCGACGGGGCUAGACUUGAAGCAGAUCAAUAAUUGGUUUAUUAACCAAAGGAAGAGGCAUUGGAAGCCAACAGAAGAUAUGCAAUUUGUGGUGAUGGAUACUGGUCAUCCACAUUACUAUUUGGAUAAUGUCAUAUGCAAUCCUUUCUCUAUGGAUUGUUCUUCCUCUCAUUUCUGACUCACAUAUGUAACCAUUUUAAUGUUUGCUUUGUUUAUGUUAAAUGUUAUUUCCCAUAUUGUUUUAGAUUUAAUUUUACAUUUUCAACUUAUGAAA